UCCAAAAUGGCGGAUGGUAACGAAGUCUAAACAUGGACUUUCUAACCUUAGCUAUCAUUUACACAGUGGUUUUUGUGGCUUUCAGCUAUGUCUUACUUGUGGGAGGAAGCUCAUUCCAUGAUGGCGGUCUCAUUUCGUGGAUCAGAUCAAAACUGUUCCAGGUUAAUGACUGUUUCAUGUCUGUUUGUCAAGCAAUUCUGCCACAGAUAGUCUUGAAUUUCAUUGAUCAGAUUGUUGAUUAUCUGUUCUUUAAGAGGAACUAUUGCAUGGUUUUGUUCUACACCUUCUUAAUAACAAGUGGUAGCGCUAUUUAUACAGUAAAGAUAGUGCCCUUCUUUGAAAAGGCUAAUGUCUUUUGUGUCAUUACAUACUUGUUGAUUACUGCAGACGUCAUAUUCUUUGUCAUAUGUUGCCGUAGUGACCCAGGAAUAAUCUCAUCUCAUACCCUGGACAAAUACAUCAAUGACUAUCAUUAUGAUGGAUUAUAUUACACAAAAUCAAAGUGUCAUACUUGUGGAACUGAUAAACCAUCAAGAUCAAAGCACUGUUCUAUAUGCAACAUGUGUGUCAGCAGAUUUGACCACCACUGUUCGUGGGUCAAUAAUUGUAUAGGGAAGCACAACUACAAGUAUUUUCUGGCCUUUAUCUUCACUACUUGUCUACUCAGUAUCUACACAACCGUAAUCAUCCUUGUGGUGUUUACAUAUAUUGUGAUAUCUGAAGGACUAAUGUCGAUGAAAUAUGUUGGUAAUGAUGGUGGAACCUAUCCUGUCACAAUUAGACACAUAUGUCAGCAUUUGUUAAUCGACCAACCAAUUAUUUUUACACUCUUGGUGACAGCACUGAUGGUAUCAUUCCUCCUGUCUAUCUUCUCCUGUGUACAUAUUUAUUUACUAUUCACAAACCAAACGACCAAUGAACUAUACAAGCGCUUUCGAUCAUCAAAACCCAUGUCUCAAGUAAGUCGAGACAACAGAAAGACAAUAUCAGCUAAAGAAAUUAGGAUGAAACUCAAGGAAAAGCAUAACCCACCCUCUAAAACCCCAUUUUACAUCGACAUAUGGAGCAAUAUCAUGGAUGUAUUAAAGUCUUAGAAUAUAAUAGGGACUGUAAAGUCAAGCGCAGCUUUUGUAAAAAGAAUAGGCAGAGGGUACAUACCCGAUAGGCAGUACUGUCUGCUGUCCUUUUACGAUCACCUAUUUAUGUUUAUUUUUCCCCCUUCAGCAGAAAAAAA